CGAACGACAAAUGAAAUUAAAAUUUUCCAUAUUUUCUCCACCAACAACCUUUGACCCCCGCGUCACCCUCCUCCACUCUCUCUUUUUCCGCCAUUGUUGCUCUGCUUCUGCAACAAUGGCGACGCCCUUCACUUCUCUAUUUUUCGCAUUUUGGCUACUCUCAAUAUCAGCUUCAGUAUCCAUCUCCAAUGCAGAGAUCUCGAGCCUCGUCGGCGUCAACUACGGCCAGCUCGGAAACAACCUCCCCUCGCCGCCCGAUUCCGUCGAUUUAAUCAAAACCCUAAACGCCCAAAUCGUCAAAAUCUACGACGCCACCCCCGAGAUUCUCAAAUCCCUAAAAAACACCGACCUCCGAGUCUCUGUAAUGCUCCCAAACGAGCUCAUA